AUGGCGGGCUUCCUGGAUAACGUCCGCUGGCCGGAGUGUGAGUGCGUGGACUGGAGCGAGCGGAGGAACGCCGUGGCCUCGGUGGUAGCCGGCGUGCUGUUCUCCGCAGGCUGGUGGGUGAUGAUCGACGCGGCCGUGGUGUACGCGAAGCCCGAGCAGCUGAACCCCGCCUUCCACACCUGCGGGGUGUUCUCCACGCUGGCCUUCUUCAUGAUAAACGCCGUGUCCAAUGCCCAGGUGAGAGGCGACAGCUACGAGAGCGGCUGUUUGGGAAGGACAGGUGCCCGCGUCUGGCUCUUCAUCGGCUUCAUGCUGAUGUUCGGGUCGCUCAUCGCUUCCAUGUGGAUCCUCUUUGGCGCCUACGUUACCCAGAAUACCGAUGUUUACCCAGGGCUGGCGGUGUUCUUCCAGAACGCACUCAUAUUCCUAAGCACGCUCGUCUACAAGUUCGGGAGAACUGAAGAGCUGUGGACCUGA